AGGGAGGGAGUUACGGCAAGGGCUGGCUUUGCCUCUCGCCUCGCCCAAGGCGGCUGCUGCUGCCGGGAGACGCUCCGCUGCAGAAUCCCGCAGGCGAGCGAGCCGGCGCCGCUGGACAGCAGCAGCAGCAGCAGCAGGUGGAGGUACACGAAAAGCAGAGGCUUCUACCGACACAAAUCUCUGUAUCUUCCAUCCCGGCAAGCAAAAGGCACCGUCGCGGAUCAAGAACGCUUUCCAGUGGAACCUUGGUUCUCAAGCGGCUUAGUUGACGAACAAAUCGGCUCCCGAACGCCGAAAACCCAGAACAGCAACGGCACCCCCUGGGAUCGGACGAUGGCCUCCGCGUUGGGAAACCUGACGGAGACCUGGCUUCAGAAGCUGGACUCGAUGAUGGAGGCCCUGAACCAGACUCUCUCCCAUGUUUGCCCCCAAGAUGCAAAGCCCGUCGAGGAAGAGGAGGACAACAGCUACUCGUACGUCUAUAUCCUCUUCGUGAUGAUCCUCUUUGCCGUGACGGUUGGGGGCCUGAUCCUCGGCUACACCAGAUCCCGCAAGGAAGUGGACAAGCAGAGCGACCCCUAUCAUGUUUACAUCAAGAAUCGGGUGUCCAUGAUAUGAGGAGGAGGAAGAGGAGGGCCAAGGGAGAAAGGACUUGAGAUGCCGCAGGGCAGAGAUCCUUGGUGCAUCCUUUGCAAGAAGAAGACACGCCUUUUAUUGCCUUUUAUUCGCCAACCUGGCACCUUCCAGAUGUGUUGGACUACAACUCCCAUCAUCCAGGGCCACGCUAGGCUGCAAACGACCCCCUACUGGUUAGAAAAAGGUUCUGCCACAUGAGCUGCGUUCUAAAUUUCGCCGAGAUCCAAAGCCUUCAGCUCCAAACCUAUUCUCACUUACCUGGGAGUAAGUCUCCCUAAAGUCAGUGGUGCAGCUACAGGUGAUAUGUCAAUGGGGCAAUACCUUUUCUAACCAGUAGGGGCCAUCCUACCAGCAUGGCCCUGCUGGCUGUGGCUGAUGGGAGUUGUAGUCCAGGCGCCAGGUUGAUGAAUCCUGCUUUUCCUGGUUCCAGUUAUAUCCCCCCUUCUGGAACUGAGGCACACCUUGUGUGCUGAUGAAUGGAAAUCUAAGAUGCAGGGAGAGGAAACACUGUUUUCAAAGUAAUUUGGAUUGGUGGGGGUGCCUUCAAAUUACAGAUUAUCAAGGGGAAUACACACACACACACACACACACACACACACACACACACACACACACGUUUGUUUGUUUGUUUGAUUGAUUGAUUGAUUGAUUGAUUGAUUGAUUCCUCCUUCCCCGCCCGCAGUACACAAUAAACAGAUCAGUCUCCCACCCUGGGAAUGAAAUAAACUACUAGCGUUCAGGAGCGAUGGAAGAUGUUCUGGUGCUUAAGGUUGAGAAUCCAGUGGAGGUCUCAAAAGAGGAUUGGACAGGGUCUAGGAUACCUGAUUCAGCCAAUAUCACAUGUGCUUUGGUCCUACAUGUUUAUCAAGUUCAGUAUUUUUUUUUUUUAUAAAGCCGCUGGUGAAUUAGCUUAGGGUACCUGAUUUAUCUGUUCUGGGAAACAGCCAAGGCAAAUUCACCCCAGUGGCAGUCAAGGCAAAGCCCAUGAAUUCUCCUUUUGUUUCCCUUGAAAGCGGACUUGAUAAAACAUAACUUCUAUGCCAACAGGAUAUUGGGCAUCAGAUAUUGUGUCUUUCCUCUUGGACUGCCUGCCCCCCCCCCAAAAAAAAUUCUCCCCUUCCUUGGUGGUUUCAUCACUUCUUCAAACACUUCCUGCAUUGCUAGAAACAGAUCAUUUUCAUGGGGCAAUAUAAUCCCACAAUAGGAUAAAGGAUUUGUUCUUCCCAGCCCGAUUACGUCAUUCUUUCUCCUCCCUACCCUCCGCCACACGGUGAAAUGUGUUUACUCAGUCAGCUUGCGAAAUCCGCUCUUAAACCGCACGCAUGCUUAACGGAUUUGUUUUUCUUUCCUAUAUCGUGCUGAGAUUUAAACGUGGGUGGCAGCCUCUGAUUUGUUCGGUUUUCCAAAAAAAAAACCCACGAAAACAAAACAACAACCCUGGAAGGUGGGCUAAGCUUGGCAGAAAGUUAGGAUAGAGACUUAAAACUAAAUGUUGGGUGAAUACAUUGAAAUGGGCUCACUGGAAGGACAGAUCGCGAAGCUGAGGCUCCAAUACUUUGGUUACCUCAUGAGAAGAGAAGACUCCCUGGAAAAGACCCUGAUGUUGGGAAAAAUGGAGGGCACAAGGAGAAGGGGACGACAGAGGACGAGAUGGUUGGACAGUGUUCUCGAAGCUACGAACAUGAGUUUGACCAAACUGCGGGAGGCAGUGGAAGACAGGAGUGCCUGGCAUGCUCUGGUCCAUGGGGUCACGAAGAGUCGGACACGACUAAACGACUAAACAACAACAACAACAACAUUGAAAAGGAUUGUGUCCUGCCUUGCAUUGGCUGUGGUGCUGGAUUUAGAUUUGGUGCAAGUCCCUGUUCAGAACGGGAGAUUUCUGUGAAGCUGGCACUGCUGGGAGUUGUAGUCCGAAAUGCCUAGAAGCUACCAGCUUGGACAAAGGCUGAUCAGAUUGGUUUGUUCCUGCUUCCUGUAGGCUCAGGGAUGUCUCCAAUGUGAUAGCAGGCACCCCACACCUAUAUACUUAAUGCUGCCGUAUUUAACUUGAUCCUAUGGAUUUUUAAAAAGAAAACCUACGCAACUUUGGAAUUUGAACUUGGCCCUUCCAAGGACAAGGCCAGCAAGAACUCCUAAGCCCACGAGGACAUCAAAACUUUGCAGAAAUCACACGCAGCAUGUGUGAUUGCAAGGGGCUCUGAUUAGACGACCCAAAUGGAUGAAAAUCUAUCCUACAAUUCACCCCAAUUUGUUUGUAUACGUUUCCCCAUUAAUCCCACACUUUUCUCUAGUGUACUUACUCAACCGAAUAAUAUCUAUUUUUUAAAUAAAAAAAGGGGAUUUCUUGCACUAGGACAAUAGAGCGCUUUAAUCCACUUUCAUUGCACAAGCCUACAUUUCUGGCAUGCACUUGAAAUUAUUAUUAUUAUUAUUAUUAUUAUUAUUAUUAUUAUUAUUAUUAUUAUCCUGCAAGAUAGUGGCAAAUCUGGAGGCACACACAGACUUCAACAAAGAGGUCCCGAGAGUCAGUUAGGUACACACACAGAGAAAUCUAUUCCACUUUUGUAAAAACAAAACAAAAAACCAACUUUAAAAAAU